UUAUCACCGUCGUCUGGUCCUGUUUCUCUUUUUCUUGCUCAUCGGUUGCACCGGCAUUCGGGUUCUUUUUUAAAUUAAGUAUGGAUUCCAUUAAGCAUCAUUUCAGUGAACUGCUCUUAAGGUGGAGUUUAGAUGUAUAUCAAAGUUACGAAUGGGCACUUAGUUUUUCAGACAAGAGGGUUGCAGCCUGGCCUCUCAUGCAAUCUCCAUUUCCCACUGUGAUGUUAAUUGUACUCUACCUUUGUUCUGUUCACUAUGGACCGCAAUUAAUGAGAUCUCGGCAGCCAUUUGAAAUGCGAUGGAUUCUUGUAUUUUAUAAUUUUGCAAUGACUUUUCUCAAUUUGUAUAUUGGUUUGGAGCUUUUGGUCUGCGCUUGGAAGCAAAAUUAUAACUGGGCAUGCCAAUUAGUAGAUUUUUCAAGUAAUCCUUAUGAAGUUCGUAUUGCCAAAGCGUUGUGGUGGUAUUAUUUUUCUAAGCUCCUAGAAUUCUGUGAUACUUUCUUUUUUAUUUUACGUAAAAAGAAUAACCAGCUUACAUUUCUCCAUAUCUAUCAUCAUUCAACUAUGUUUGGUCUUUGGUGGAUUGGAGUGAAAUGGGUUCCAGGAGGCUCAGCUGUUCCUGGUGCAAUGACUAAUUCAUUUGUUCAUGUGUUGAUGUAUUUAUACUAUGGUUUAGCAUCUAUAGGCCCUAUCAUGCAGCCAUAUCUUUGGUGGAAAAAAUAUCUAACAAUGAUUCAAUUGAUUCAAUUUGUGUCAGCUGUGGUUAUGGGAGUAAAGGCCAUAAUUUAUAACUGUCCUUUCACAAGAUGGAUGCAAUAUGCACUUGUUGCAUAUUCUUUCUCUUUUAUUGUUCUAUUCGGUAUUUUUUACCUUAAUUCCUACUCACCGAAGAAACCAGAGAAAAAAGAAGCUUGAACAAAAAAAUGCUUCUGUGUUAAAAGAAAACUCUACUGGCACGUACUGGCACUACAAUUAAGCAUUCCAAAAUCAGGUUUAAUGUAUUGUUUUUUUAUGAAUGGAUGUUUAAUACGGAUUUCAAAAUGUCUGCAAGUUCCUAAUCAUUUAUGCAUGGUUCAUGAAAAAGAAAAAAAAAGUAUUGCAAAAAUGUGUAAUUCAUGAAAAUAUAUUUUAUAAUUUUUUGUAACUUUAAAACUGAAUAUAUAAAAUAAAAUUUUUCUGGCUUUAAUAUUUUUACGAAAUGCACUUUAAAGAGUUUUGAGUAAGCAAAGUAAAAGUUUUGAGUAAAAUGAUUUGUGAUAAAAUCCUAUACCAAAUCUAUUUAGUUAAAUUUGUAAUCAAUCAACCAAAAAAAGUGUAAAUAUUAUAAUGUAUUAUAUUGCUUAUAUUUAUUAUAUAUAUUGUAUUUUUACCAUAAGUAGGGCUCGAAUUAAAAAAAAUGAACUAUCAUAGUAUUUGUAAUGAUUUUUAUCGUGUAAUUGUUUUACUGGUGUAAUUAUUUACCUGUUAAAAUUGAAGUUCAAUUUUUAUCUUCUAUUUAAAAACUUUUAUUACUUUUAAAUUGAUUAUAUUUAUGUUUAUUAAUAAGUAUAGGAACAUAAAAUUUAAAAGACAAAAACACCAUUACCGACUUUAUAAUUUAAAUGCCUUUAAUUUCUUGCUUAGGAAUUAAAAACAUUUAAGAUUGGAGCAACAAACCUUCUACCCAUAUCUUUGCAAUUAUAAACCUAUUUGAAUGGUUCUUAUUUGUAGGGGUAUUCUUUAGUCCUAAAUUGUGGUAAAUUUAUGGCUUUUAUAGAGGACGUUUUGGGUAGUAGUGAACUUGCAUUUGUGAUACACAGUGAAAAAAACAAAAUCUUCUGAUGGUUGGUUUGAUAUUUAAAGCUCUCUAUUUAAAACUGUAGUUGUUAAUUUUUUUGUUAGAGCAUAUUAUCUGCAAAUCUUGUAUAGAAACAUUUUAUUGUUAUUCUAAUUUUUUUUACCAUGUUUUUUUUCUAGUUUAUGCUAGUCUUUUAUUAAACAGCUAUUUUAUUUUGUUAAUUAGAAGCAUUUCUUGAAUUUUUAUCUGUUUUUAUUUUCAUAAGUUCGUUUGUCUUGUUAGUGUGCAUAUGUGGCCUAUUGCAUUAUUAUGAAAAAUCAAAAAUAUUUUUUUAUUUAAUUUCAAACUAUUUAUGCUAUAAAAAAAAUAUUAUGAAAUAAAUCAGCAACUGAAGAGAAUAAAAGUCUAAAUGUUAAAAUUCAUUAAUUAUUUUGUAAAUUUUCAUAGCCAGCUGUGCUUUUCAAAUAAACAGAAUAUUCAAUGUUGACUUUUUGUGCAGCAAGUUAACAUUUAUGUUCAAUAAUGUUAGAAAAAAUAGUUUUAAUUUUAUGUCUUGAAAAAGGGCAUUUUUAGCUUUUUAAAACUGCUAAUUCAUUUAUGGAUUCAUAGAAUUACUCAAAAAUACCAAAGUGUAUUUGGAGUUUUUUUUCUAGAAGCCAACUGUGAUGUACUUAGUUAGCGGAACUAGUGAAUUCUUGAAGAGGAUAUUGUAAGAUUGUGAUUGUAAUGUUUGACAUGUUUGUUAAAUAUACAAAUUUACUGGAUUUAGCGGAUCUAUUAAAAUAAAAUAAAAAUAACUUAAUUUAAAUGCGAAACAAAAAAGUUUGAAAAAGAAAUUUUUGUACUUAAUUAAUUCAAAGUAAUUAAACUAAUUAAGGAAAGCAAACUUAGCAAUUCCAGAAAAUGAUUCUUCAUAGUCUAAAAUAAUUGUCUGUGAUAUUUUUUUGUUGUUUUUAACAAGAUAGAAACAAUGUAAUAAUCACGAACCAAAGAGCUAUAAAGACGGCUAAUUUUGAUAUGGCUGGUAAAUAUUGUACAGUGAAUUCUGCAUCAGGUCGAUAAUAGUAAUAUUGGUGGUUUCUUAAGAAAGUACUUUCAGAGCUCAGACUUCAUUUUGUGUUUUGUCAGUUUAGAUGGUAUUUGCUUAUUGUACUGAAACAACUACCUUUUUUUUAUUUAAAUGCAUUAUUUGUGUUAUUUAUAUUAUUUCUACCUGAUUUCUGCAUGUGUGAGUUCGUGUGAUGCAGUUGGUUUGGGUUUCAUUCACAUUACUGGUGGGAAAGCUGAGGGUUAUAAACUAUUAACAUUUAUAAGGUAUUAUUUCAAUACAGUAUUAAGUCCUUCCAGAACUUUAAUGAACAUAUUAUGGAUUUUUAUUUUAUAAUCUUAGCUGUUCUUUACCAAGUACAAGUUUUAGCUUAAUCUGAUUGUAAUAUCGACAUAUUGAUGCCUAAAAUUGCAAAGGAGAUAAACUAGAAUGCAGUUGUCUUAGAAUAAAACAGAGGCUGUGUUUGCAA